UAACGUUUAGUCUCAAAAUCUCAGUUUUAGAUAAAGCGCUCACAAAGUGUUCACAACGGUGUGGAAUCGCAUUAAAGCUCGUCACUUCCAAGAAGCUGUACAUGUCACUAUGUGGGGUCUCCUUCCCUUCUGACAUGUUUACACUGACAUUGGUGAUACUACUCCAGGCCUUUGGCUUGGCUUGGCCUGCCUCCACCAGUCCUCCUCUGGGGAUGACUGUCCAUGUCGUGCCCCUCGACUCCACUAAUGGCCAAACCGUACGGGCCCACUUCACUGCCAUCGUGUCCGGGGAGUGCAGCGCUGUGACCGAGCUCUGUGCUACAGGAGAGGACUGUCUGGUGGAGAGUAACACCGUGCCCUUCACUGGGAACAAACCAAGCCCAGGCUGGUGCGCCCAACAUUGGCAGAAGACCCUCCCAGCUAACUACACGGGCAAGAUCUCACUGGGGUCUUCCACAGAGAUGUAUGUGGCACUACAGACAGAUCCCUUAGUUCGGGCCAACAGCGGCAAACUCAACAAUCCAAGUUUUGUGGGCCUACCUCCUCCCCUCAGGGCCCGGGAGAAGUGUCCUCACCACUUCCCUCUGUCGGUCAGAGAUGUGGAUGGAGACAAGGUGCACUGUCGCUUUGCCAAAGAAGAAGAAGGAGAGUGUGUGGACUGUACACCACACUCGUUUGUGGAGCUGGACCCGAAAAAUUGUAUGCUCCUUUUCACUGGUGAUGCUACAGCUGGAGUGUAUCACAUUUACAUGAUGGCAGAAGACCUGGUGCCCGCUCCUCAGACAGUGCAGCCUGUUCCGAGCCAGCCAAUGAGUGCUGUCCCAUUCAUCCUGUCCCUCACUGUUGAGAAGGGGAGUCUCAGCUGCAGUGCGGAGCCUGUGGCCUCAGCCAACAAUCCGAAGGAAAACUCUGUCCUCUACAUCCUCUCAUUCCACGAGAAAUCCUUCGCCCUCAACUACGAUUCAAACGAUGAAAGUGUGACCGAGAUCGCAGUCAUCGGGCCUCCACAGCUCUACAGAAGUGAUUUCCUCUCCCUGGGACCCGUCUCCUCUUUAAAUAUCGCCUGGGUGCGCUCAGAGAACAAGCUGGCUCGUCUACUGCCCAUCUGCUUUGUGGCCAAUACCCCAAAUUUGCAGUCCGAGCCCAGAUGUGUAUGGCUGUACCAACGAGAAAUGAUGGCUCUUCCUACUGGAACUGUCCUGACUUGUGAAAAGACGGAGAUGUCCCUGGUCCUGCCCAUCAGCUCCUUCACCAGAAUCAACAUCAAUGAACUGCAGCUCAACAGCCCCACCUGCCCCGUCUCUUAUAAUAGCACCCACUUGACGGCAAAGAUCCCACUGGAGGGCUGUGGCACCAAGGCUGUGGUAAACCAGACUCAGUCCACAUACACACGCUCCUGUAGGCUGUUAUAGUGCUCUCAGAAGUCACACUUUACUAUUCAAGACAAGAGCUAGGAAAGACAAAAAUAAAAGAAAUAGCUUGCAUUCAUGUGACAUUUUAGAAUCCCUAUAAUUUUAAACUUGAGCUGAAGGGCAGGUCAGGAUUCUGUGGUGUAAUUUGCUGCUUUAAUUGUCAGAUUGCAGAUUUGUCAGCCUGAAUUAUGGCUAAUGGGCAGAACUAAAGGUCCAGCUUUAUUUGUAUAGUACAUUUUAUAAACAAGACCAUUUCCAAAGUACUUCAAAUAGCAAUGCAAAACUUAGAAUCAAAAAUUUAAAAAAUAGAAAAUCAAUAGAUAAAAGAAUAAUAAUAAAAUCAAUGAACACAAAUAAUAAAAUCAAUAAAUAAAGGCACUUCUUAAAAAAAACAAAAACAAAAAAAACAAUAAAUAAAAAAAAAAUAAUAAUAAUACUAAAAGACACAGAGAACAGAACCACAAAGCUCACACGGUAUUAAAAAACACAGAAUAAAAGUGAAGGAGACUAAUGUUGUUUCCUCAUAAAAAAACAUACUGUACCUCGAGUUGUGUUCUGUUUCGUCACACAUGUUUGAGUAACCCUUUAUUAUAAAUCUACAAUAAGUCUGCUCAAAAUGCUCUGUUCCACCUUGUGAUGUCAUGUGGUAAUACAGGUGUUCCACUGUGUUUGUAAACUCCAUACACCUUGACUACAAUUUCAACUCUGGAAUUGCCUGUGUAUACUGAGCUAAAUGUAAAAGGAGCUGUUAAGUUUAAAAUUCCCACCAUGACAUCACAAGGUGGAACAGAGCAUUUUGAGAAGACUUAUUGUAGACAGACUUAUAAUA